CUCAGAGACUCUAACAGCGGCAAGCAGGCUCGCGCGUUGCCAGGGCUACUCCAAAGCCCGCGUACUAGUGUACUAAAUAGUAUGGGAAGGUCAUACGCCGUCUCGCGGCCAUGAUGAUAAAGUACUCUUCUCACGUGCUGUGUAGUGCGCUAGUAUGCGGGUGAUAUAAAGGGGUGCUGCUGUGUGACAGGGUGUGGACUGGAGCCGACAGGGAAAAGCGGCACAGCGCGCAUUUUAAUACUAAAUUGAUCACCGACAGCAGGUUAAAAAGGUUCGAGAUCACCAACAAAGAUUAAAAUGUUGGACAUGACGAGCACCCAGUUCGACUCCUUCCUGUUCUGGAGGCAGCCCAUCGCCGCCUUGGACCUGUCCGAACUCGAGGACCUAGGACUCGCCGAGCCAAAAUCCAAGGAUGGGUCUUUGUCUGGGAAAACGGGGAAAAGUUCUCCCAAGCUGGAUGGAGAUGAUGACAUGGAGCUGUCAGAGUUCUCCUCCUUCAACUACUGGAAGGAGCCCAUCGCCAGCAUCGACAUGCUGGACUUCAGCCUGCUGCUGCUGUGAAACCAUGCCCCCAUACAACUACAGAUCUGCCCAUCAUGCUAAAAAGCUCCUCCCCUGACACUUCAUUGCCUCCUGAUUAUUACAGCAAUUUAGUUUUUCUCUAAAUCGUGUGUUUUCUGUCCUGACGCAGCACUGACAUUGGUCAGAGUCUCGAGUGUUAAAGAAAGUAAACGUAGAUUUUUGAUGGAGAUGAAAGUGUAAAAAAGUGUAAAUUUCAGCCUGAGCAUCAUCUUGUACCGCAGGUCGUAUUCACAGCCAUCAUGUUUGCAUCACCUGUAAAACAUAUUAUUCUACAUCUCAGUGUUUCAGUCCCAUGUGAUGAUGAUUUAUAAUACCUUUUUAUUAAACGUGAUGGAGUGGAAUGUAAUAAAGGACAGUGUUUUCUCUCUGA